AUGGCGGAGGGGCAGGCUCGGAGCACCGCUGCCCUCGUGGUAGGCGCCCUGCUACCCGCCCUGACUACCGUAUUCUUCAACGGCAUCCCGGGUGCCGUUGGCGGGAGCAAUCUGCCGCGCUGGGGCGUCCGCCUGCCGAUUCUACUAACCUGCGCAGUUCAGGUGUGGUUUACGCUGGUUUCGAUGGCUGUUCCGGAGCCAUAUCUUGACGAAAUCUUUCACAUCCCGCAGGCGCAAAAAUACUGCGACGGGCGAUUUUUUGACUGGGACGACAAAAUCACCACACCUCCCGGGCUAUACUUCUUCUCUGUCGCCAUUCACAGAAUCGCCGCGGCGCUUCGAAUCCCGCAUCUCAAUGUCUGCGACGCGUUUAGCCUUCGCGCCAUCAACUUCGCAGGCGUCCUCGUCGUCAGCUACCUGGCUCUCUGGUGCCGACAGGCCAUCGAGGCCCGUCAGCACGAGGCCGUCAGCAGUCCCACGCCGGCGCGCAUGCGCGCCUUCUCGCAGUACGGCGUGCACACGGCCGUCAACGUCGGCCUCUUCCCGCUGCUCUUCUUCUUCGGCGGCCUGUACUACACCGACGUGCUGUCGACGGGCGUGGUGCUGGCCGCGUUCGUGAACCACCUGUCGCGCGUCGGCGCCGCGCGCAGCUCGGUGCGCAGCGACCUCGUCACGGUGGUUCUCGGCCUAGCGGCGCUGGGCAUGCGCCAGACCAACGUCUUCUGGGUAGUGGUGUUUAUGGGUGGCCUGGAGGCGGUACACGCGGUCAAGACGCUGCGGCCGGAGCGGGCGGAUCAGCCAGUGAUGAAGUCGCUGGGGGAGCAGUGCUGGUACUUUGCCUGGAGGUAUUCCUUGGGUGAUAUCCAUGAUUUGCCUGUCCACAAAGCAUACCCCGAUGACAUGAUAUUUACUGCUCUAAGUAUCGGGAUUGCAGCCAUCUGCAACCCACUACGGGUUGUCAGACAGGUUUGGCCAUACAUCGCCACGCUCGGUUCCUUUGCCGCCUUUGUGCAGUGGAAUGGCAGUGUCGUGCUCGGCGACAAAUCCAACCACGUUGCCACGAUUCAUCUCGCACAGAUGCUGUAUAUCUGGGCCUUCUUCGCCUUCUUCUCGCUCCCUCUUCUCCUCCCUUCCGGCCUGUCUUUCCUCAACAUGGUCGUUUCCUAUUUCAAAAUGCCUGCCAGCAGUCCUGCGCGACCAGUCGAACCCAGCAGAGGCCUUCUCGGCGCUGUAACCCACUUCUUCCAAUCCAAGGUCCUCUGGCCAGUGUACUUGGCUGCCACGACUGUUCUCUCCCUCGCCGUCGUUCGAUUCAACACCGUCAUCCACCCGUUCACGCUCGCCGACAACCGGCAUUACAUGUUCUACGUAUUUCGCUACACGAUCCGCCGGGGCGCCGCCCUCCGCCUCGCCCUUGUGCUCCCCUACACGCUCUGCCGCUGGGCCGUCUGGGAUGCGCUCGGCGGUCACAAUGGCUGGUCGGGCGAGGAGCAGCCGACAGCCUUUGUCAGCCACCCGUUCUGGACGCCGUCCUCCGCCAAGGUCAGGCGGCAGACCAGCACCCCGUACCCGCGGUUCCCGGAAGCCUCGUCCACGGCGGAGAGCCGCAAGGCCAGCGAGGCCGAGCUCAAGGCGCGCCUCGAGCAGGACAGCCUGUACCUGUCGAAAACGUCCGUGUCCUCGUCCACGGGCCUCGUCUUCCUGCUCGCGACGGCGCUGUCGCUUAUCACAGCACCACUGGUCGAGCCGCGCUACUUCAUCCUCCCGUGGGUGAUGUGGCGGCUCAUGGUGCCCGCGUGGCGGCUCAAGGACCACCUACGCGGCGGGAUCUUGGAGGGCAGCGCCGCGGCCGAGGCGGUGGCGCACUGGAGCAGCACCUACGACCUGCGGCUGUUCCUGGAGAGCGCCUGGCACAUGGCCAUCAACCUCGCGACGGGAUACAUAUUCUUGUACAAGCCGUACGUGUGGCGGGCCGAGGACGGGACCGUGCUGGAGGGGGGCAACCUGCAGCGGUUCAUGUGGUAG